AAUACUGCCUAAAAUAAAAAAUAACAAAAAACAAAUUGUGCUGAGAAAAUUCAGACGAAGAAAAAUACUGAAUACUUAAUUAUUCAUUAAACUGAAUUUAACCUGCAUCUAACAGGAGAAAAUCAUGCAAAAGUAAUCCGUACUCCAUAAUGACUCCUGAAAGGAGGGCAGGAAUGGGCCACAGGUGAUGGUGAGUGUGCAGGUAGGCGAUAAUGGGAGGGUGUCUUGUUAAUCAUUGAGCUGGUGCAGAGAUUGAUCACAACUCCGAGAAUGUACAGGGACCGCAUUGAUUGAAUAGAUUUUUUUAUUUGAAUCAUUUCAGUUUGGUGAUUUCUCUCUCUCUGCUUUGCACACUGACGGGCGCACGCUCAUAGAUAAACUCACAGUUUCUGUGCUUCCUGUUUUGACUGUAAAGAUGUUGGCUGUUCAUCUUGUUUCAUUGUUCUUCUCCAAACUUCAGGAGGAUCCUACUAAGAAGGUGGACAGGUUCCUGCAUGCGAUGCGUCUCCACGAUGACCAGUUAAUUGACAUCUCAAAGCGUUUCCUGGCUGAAAUGAAGAAGGGGCUUUCAGCAGAAAGUACUGCAGCUGCAGCUGUGAAAAUGCUGCCCACACAAGUCCGCUCCACUCCCGAUGGAUCAGAGAAAGGACAGUUUCUGGCUCUAGAUCUUGGAGGCUCCAAGUUUAAGGUUCUCCGAGUUAAAGUCAGAGAGGAUGUAGGAAUUAGGAAAGGAGGAGUGGAACUGGAGGAGAAGACUUAUCUGAUACCAAAGGAGCUGCAGGUUGGGAGAGCUGAUGAGUUAUUUGACCAUGUCUCAGAGUCUUUGAAGGAUUUCCUGCAUGAAAAGAACAUCAGUCCAAAGAAAAAGCAUCCGUUAGCCUUUACGUUCUCCUUCCCCUGUGAGCACCCCAGUUUGGAUCAGGGAUUAUUAUUAAACUGGUGCAAGAACUACAGAGUUCGCGGCCUUCAGGGGAAAGAUGUGGUCAAGGCCCUCAAACAAGCCGUUGACAGAGCUGGGGAUAUGGACAUAGAGGUCUUGGCGAUGGUUGAUGACACUGUGGCGACCAUGAUGACCUGUGGAUUUGAUGACCAGUGCUGUGAAGUAGGACUCAUCAUUGGAACUGGCACCAACGCCUGCUACAUGGAGGAGCUGCGUCACAUCGACCUAGUGGAGGGAGACGAGGGCCGGAUGUGCGUGAACACUGAGUGGGGGGCGUUUGGAGAUGAUGGCGCGUUGGAUCAUUUCAUCACAGAGUUUGACAGAGAUGUCGAUGCCGCCUCCCUCAACCCUGGAAAACAAAUAUUCGAGAAGAUGGUUAGUGGGAUGUAUCUGGGUGAGUUGGUGAGGCUGGUUUUGUUAAAGAUGGCUAAACUGGGACUGCUGUUUGAUGGGCAUGUGUCAGACGCUCUGAGGACCAAAGGGAAGAUAACCACUGCAGAUGUGGCAGCAAUGGAGGAAUACAGAAGUGGUCUUAAAAACACCAAGGACAUCCUGACUCACCUUCAUUUGAGCCCUUCACCUGACGACUGCAUAGCUGUUCAGCAAGUCAGUACCAUCGUCUCCUUCAGGUCCUCGAAUCUGGUGGCUGCAGGGUUAACAGCUAUCUUAACCCGGAUCCGGCAGAACCGAAAUUUGAGAGGAUUAAGAAUCACAAUAGGAGUUGAUGGCACCGUGUACAAAACACACCCACAGUAUUCUAAACGCCUUCAUAAAGUGGUGAGGCGGUUGCUUCCUGACUGUCAGGUCAGGUUUGUCCUCUCGGAGAGCGGCAGCAGCAAAGGUGCUGCCCUUGUGGCAGCAGUCGCUCAGCGUCUGACAUCACAGAGGCGAAGGGUGGAUGAGGCUCUGUCACUCUUCCCACUGAAGCAACAGCAGCUCCAGCUGGUGAAGUCCAGGAUGAGGGAAGGGCUGGAGGAUGGGCUGAAGAGUAGAGGCUGCACAAUAAAGAUGCUUCCAUCCUUUGUUUACCACACACCAGACGGCACAGAGCGUGGAAAAUACCUUGCUUUGGAUCUGGGAGGAACAAACUUCAGAGCUAUGCUUGUGAGAUUUAAAAGACAGAAAUCACAACUUUACCAUAAGAUUUACACCAUUCCACUGGAGAUAAUGCAGGGAACUGGAGAGGAGUUAUUUGAUCACUUGGCUCAGUGUGUUUGUGACUUCCUGGACUACAUGGGGCUGAAGAAAGCUCGCCUUCCUACAGGCUUCACCUUCUCUUUCCCUUGUGAGCAGUCUGGCAUUGAUACAGGCACGCUGGUGAGCUGGACCAAGGGCUUCAAGGCCACAGACUGUGUCGGUCAGGAUGUUGUCAGCAUGCUCCGAGAGGCCAUCAAGAGACGCAACGAGUUUGACUUGGACAUUGUUGCGUUAGUCAAUGACACAGUUGGGACUAUGAUGAGCUGCGCCUAUGAGGAUCCUCAGUGUGAAAUUGGAAUGAUUGCAGGGACAGGUUCAAACCUUUGCUACAUGGAGGAACUGAAGAAUAUCAAGAAGAUCGAACAGAGCAAUGGCAGCACAAACACAAACAAAGGGAAACUAGAAGGGGAGGAGGAUGAGAAUGCUGCAGUGGAGGCAGUGAAGUCAGACGGGACGGCUGAAAAAUCAAAGAUGUGUAUAAACACAGAGUGGGGCGGUCUGGGUGAUGACCGCUGUCUGGAUGACAUCAUCACACCUUAUGACACUGAGGUGGAUAUACAGUCAGUAAACCCUGGAAAACAAAGGUUUGAAAAGCUGACCAGUGGGAUGUAUCUGGGUGAAAUCGUUAGACAGGUUUUACUGGAUCUCACCAGAAGAAGUCUCCUGUUCAAAGGACAUGUCAGUGAAACCUUAAAAACCCCUGGGAUAUUUGAAACUAAAUAUUUGUCACAAAUAGAGAGUGAUCGCUUGGCUCUGCUGCAGGUCAGGUCUAUUCUGCAGCAGCUGGGGCUACACAGCACCUGUGACGACAGUAUAAUUGUCAAAGAGGUGUGUGGAGCAGUGUCAUGUCGCGCAGCUCAACUGUGUGGGGCAGGAAUGGCGGCAGUGGUGGAUAAGAUCAGAGAAGACCGUAGAUUGGACCGUCUGAGCAUCACUGUGGGGGUAGAUGGGGCUCUGUACAAACUGCAUCCACAUUUCUCUCAGGUCCUAAAAGAGACUGUGAGAGUUAUGGCUCCUCAGUGCGAUGUGACCUUCCUGCCGUCAGAGGAAGGCAGCGGGAAAGGUGCUGCCCUCAUUGCGGCCGUGGUCCGACACCGGCAGGAGAUUUGACCUUACAUGGCUGAAAACAAUAACACUUCCUGCUUUUGGUCUCAUGUUGGUCUUAGAAAACCUAAGGCUGUUGUCACCCCAGAAGCAAGAACUGCAAAUGGAAAAUAACCUUCUGAGUUAAAUAAGUUUUAAAGGCACUAGACUUGAAUUAGGGGAUGUUUGCAUAUACAGUAAGUGUAACUGUUUGUGUUAAGUUCUAGGAUAUUGACCUUAUUUACAUUAAGUAUUUUCUGCCCUGGUCAGUUUGCCCUACCCAAGGUUAGAUUAAUAGUGACUUUUUCUGAAACUCUUAGAAGGUCAAGUAUUUUUGAUUAGAUACGAACUGUUUUUGUUUCAAACCAAGCCAGCCCUUUUAUGGUUCCAGAUAGUGUCUUUCUUUGUAAAGAACACAUGCAAUGCUUCUAAAGGUUUUCUUACCUCUUGAGACUUUUACUAUUUAUCACAUUAUAACCACAAUCAAUAAAGACAAGAUCCUAAAGCAUUGGGAUUUUAUGUGAUAGAAGAACACAAAAUAGUGCAGAAUUGUAAACUGGAAAGAAAUGCAAAUCUGAAUUGUGUGGUGUGCAUUUGCUUUCAGCUCCCUUUAGUCAGUGCCUUGUAUGUCUCUACUAGCUUUGCAUAUCUUGACACUUUAAUUUCUGUCCAUUCCUCUUUAUAAAGGUGUAUGGAGAACUUAUAUAAACAUCAGUUUUCAAAUCUUGCAAAGACCUAAAUAUAUUUUGAUAUGGACUUUGUCUUGUAAUGAUUUGACCUUAACCAUUCCAUUGUAGCUCUGGCUCUAUAUUUAGGCUUGUUUUGCUGCUGGAUGGGGAACCCUACACUCCAGUCCUACGUCCUUUGAAGCCUCUAACAGGUUUUCUCCCAGGAAUUCUCUGUAUUUAGCUCUAUCCAUGUUUAUAUUAACUGUGACCACCUUCCCUGCCUCUGCUUAAUAAAUGAUCCCCACAGCAUGA